AAUGGCGAUUGUUUAUUCCACCUCCUUUCCUCCCGGCUCAUCGUUCGUGCCGCGUCCUAUAUUGAUUUUAAUUUCAUGCGUGAUAACCACUGAUAUUGUGUCAUUGUAACAUUGUUUUUGUGUUUAAAGUUGGUUCUAGUGAAUAAUAGUUUUAAGUAAAGCUAUAAUAAUGGCUGAGAAAUACGAUAAAAAUGGAUACAACAGCAGUGACUUCAAGCGAAAUGCGCCUCAAGAUGCAAAUAUAGACAACGAACAAGAACAAGAUGGCGAUGAUAAUCCUAAAAUAAAUGAAAAAGCCGGUGAAUACAUGAGAGAAUUACUCAGCGAGAAAAUCAAACUCAAUAAUGCUAAGUUCCCCAUCAUCACAAAACUCAUUGACCAAGAGGUCAGCAAAGUCCAGACAUCUGGCAGGAUACCUGGCAAGGAUUCCAAGUAUCUGGACGUGUUCCGUGACAAGCCCACCAAGGUGACUGUCAAGGUGCUGGUGCCAGUCAAGGAACACCCCAAGUUUAAUUUCGUUGGCAAGCUACUAGGCCCCAAGGGUAACACAAUGAAGCACUUGCAGGAAGAAACCAUGUGCAAGAUGGCUGUUCUAGGCAGAGGAUCUAUGAGGGAUAGACAAAAAGAAGAGGAACUCCGCAACUCCUUAGACCCUAAGUACGCGCACCUGACAGACGAGUUGCACGUAGAGAUCAGCGCGUUGGCGCCGCCCGCUGAAGCUCACGCGCGCAUCGCGUACGCACUCGCCGAGGUCAAGAAGUACCUGGUACCCGACACCAACGACAUGAUCUGGCAGACCCAGAUGAGAGACAUUGAGAGAGGAGGCAGCGCGGCCGGGCGGCGCGUCCCCAGCUUCAAUUGCACCGUGACCCCGCGCUCGUUCUCGUUCGAGCCCAGCGCCGCUCCAACCACUGCUGCCCCCGCAGGUGCGCCGCGCGGCGCCCGGCCCCCGCCCCGCAUGCCGCCGGCGCCGCCCAUCCCCCGCGCCAUGCCGCCCAAGAACAAGGUUAUCAGCAUCCUAGACCGUGCACGCAACGCUAUGGAGACUUCGUACCCCUACGACGAUGUAUAUGCACAGCCGCCGGAGCCACCGAUUCGUGGCCCAGUCCGAGGUGCAGCGCCGGAGCCGGACUUCUACUACGAGCGUAGUCACGAGCGGUACUACGACGACGACAGCUACGGGUACAAGGAGGACAACCGCGACUACAAGUCUGCCCGCGCCGUGGGCACGCGGCGCCAGGCGCCCAUGCAGGCGCAGCACCACGCGCCGCGCCACUACGUGCGCCCCGAGCCCUACGCGCGCCCGCCCAAGUAGAGCCACUUGCCGACUGUCAAAAAGCGCUCCCAUUAGGUGAGUAAAAAAAGUUGUAUUGGAUCUAAAACUACAAGAUAAAUAAAACAAACAAUGAAAAAUAAUGAAGAUUAAAACGCUUAAAUUGGCAGAAGAAAAACAAUACAACUUUCUAGUACACAAAAUGUUACUCUGACUAAAAAUAAUGAUUUUAUGGACCAAUCACAACACAAAUUGUGUUCUAUCAAAAAUCUACAGCAUAAAAUUAUUUAAAAAAAUAUUUUGUUGACAAAAGAAUUUAAUUUUAAUUUGUUUUUGUAAUACAAACAGCAUUUAAGCAUAGACAUGCUGCCGACUUUAAAAAAAAAUGUAAAAUGCGUACGCGCAUUCAACUAGGUAGAGAUCGAAAUAAAAGUAUUUAUAUGUAAAUUCCAAAAAAGCAAUUUUAUAAAAGAAUACUUUGUUAGUAAGUAAUUUUUAAUAAUAUUAGUUAAACUUAAAACGCCUUCAACAUGUUUUAAAUUAGUUAAAAUGCACAUAGACUAGAUUCACGAGAAAGUUGCUGGCCAAAACGUUACAAAAGUAUCAAAAAAGGUUUUGCACUUUCUUCAAUAAAUAUUGCAUUGAAACAUGUUGAAAAUAUAAAUGUAUUCAAUAUUGUGUGACUAUGAAAUAAAUAAAAUAACAAAUUAA